GCCCGCGCGGGGGUGCCUACGCGCCUGCGCACCGCGGGCGAGCGAGCGGAGCCUUCCCCGCCGAGCGGGCGGUGAGUCCGGCGGCCGCAGCAGCGUCUUCUCUAGGCUCCGCCACCAGCCGGGGCUCGGGCCCGGGUCCGGGCCCCCGGGACAUGGCCUGUCGGAGUGCACAGGGCGGCGGCCUCACUUCCAGCCGCUGGAAUGGCGAUACGGAGAAGGCAGACUUUAACGCCAAAAGGAAAAAGAAAGUGGCAGAGAUACACCAGGCUCUGAACAGUGAUCCCACUGAUGUGGCUGCCCUUAGACGCAUGGCUAUCAGCGAAGGAGGGCUCCUGACAGAUGAGAUCAGGCAAAAAGUGUGGCCCAAACUCCUCGAUGUCGAUGCCAAUGACCUACCUCCUAUGUCAGAGAAGAACCUUCGACAGAGCAAGGACUACCAACAAGUGCUGCUGGAUGUCAGGCGGUCCCUGCGGCGGUUCCCUCCUGGCAUGCCAGAAGAGCAGAGGGCAGGGCUCCAGGAAGAGCUGAUUGACAUCAUCCUCCUCAUCUUGGAGCGCAACCCUCAGCUUCACUACUACCAGGGCUACCAUGACAUCGUGGUCACAUUCCUGCUGGUGGUAGGCAAGAGGCUGGCAACAUCUCUGGUUGAGAAACUGUCUACCCACCACCUCAGGGAUUUCAUGGAUCCAACAAUGGACAACACCAAGCAUAUAUUAAACUAUCUGAUGCCCAUCAUUGACCAGGUGAAUCCAGAACUCCAUGACUUCAUGCAGAGAGCCGAGGUGGGGACCAUCUUUGCCCUCAGCUGGCUUAUCACCUGGUUUGGGCACGUCCUGUCUGACUUCAGGCACGUUGUGCGGUUAUACGACUUCUUCCUGGCCUGCCAUCCCCUGAUGCCCAUUUACUUCGCAGCUGUGAUCGUAUUGUAUCGAGAGCAGGAAGUCCAGGAUUGUGAUUGCGACAUGGCUUCGGUCCACCACCUGUUGUCCCAGAUCCCUCAGGACCUGCCCUAUGAGACGCUGAUCAGUAGAGCCGGGGAUCUGUUUGUUCAGUUUCCCUCAUCCAAACUUGCUGAGAAGGCAGCUGCCCAUCAGCAAACUGUAAAAACGGCAGCCUCUACCUUCAAAGACUUUGAGCUGGCAUCCGCUCAGCAGAGGCCUGACAUGGUACUGCGGCAGCGGUUUCGGGGACUUCUGCCGCCUGAGGAGCGAACAAAAGACGUCCUGACCAAACCAAGGACCAACCGCUUUGUGAAACUGGCCGUGAUGGGGCUGACAGUGGCACUUGGGGCGGCCGCUCUGGCCGUGGUAAAAAGUGCUCUAGAGUGGGCCCCUAAGUUUCAUCUUCAACUGUUCCCCUAAAUGCCAGAGAAGACACUUCCUCUGACAUUACACUAAGGUCUUGCCCUUCCAUGGAAGGAUGGGGAGGGGUGGGCUGUCCUUUAUUAAAAGGGUUUCUGUCAAGGGUUUUCUAUCCCUGCCUGUCCACGGUUUGCCUUUGCUCCCGAGGCCAAUAGCAGAGCCUGCCUGCCCCUGGGCCCUGGGGGCCUGGCAUAGAACCCCUCCCCCCUGGGGGCUUCUUAAUGGACUCUCUGCUACCUCCUCUUGCGCUGGAGGAAAUGGAAUUUUUUAGCUCCCAGGCGCCUUUGGAACCCACUGGGCCUGGUUACUGGGGACCCUCCUGACUGCCCAGUAGCAAGUAAGCUGGACCACUGAAUGUCUGCCUCACAGCUUCUCCUGUCCUGUCUGCUUCAGCCGGACAAAAAAGGAAGGAGCUUCUGCUAAGGAAGUCGGAAUGAAGGCUCGCCCGGGAACUUGCCCAAGACUGGUCCCUCUAAGAGCAGCCCAUUAGCUGGUCAGAAAUCAAGGAGGUAGAUGUGGACUAGGUUACUGGGUAAAUCCUACCAGUUUUCAGCCGAGAAAUCGCUGGGGCAUUUCCAGUCAAACGGGAAGGAAUGUUAAGUUUUAGGGCCCAGACACGGACUGGUUUGGCCUGCCUUUUCCCCCCUACCUAUUUGAUUCUACAAGCCACACAAAGUUGCUUAUAAGACUCUUUUAUUAUUUUAUUACUAUUUUUAGAAUUACAUAAUACCCAACUUGUGAAGUACCUUCACUUGAAAAAUAAUAGUUCCUUCAUGGAAAAAAAUAGCUCUCAUCAGAAGGAUGAGCUUCUAAGGCCCUGAAGUUGCCUUUUUACGCAAUUAUUUAACGUUGUAUUUUAUCCAGAGUUACUAUUUGUAAAUGGCCCCACACUUCCAAGGUGCCCACUUCAUGUCCAGCUUUCCUUCCUGUUUUCCUCAGAUCACCCCUCUACUUCCAAAUAGGCCCCCACUCACUACCAUGGCUUUGUGUUUUUGGUUUGAUUUAUCUCCUCAAUUGCUGAUCUCGCCUUCCCAGUUGGAAAUGAAAUGUCAUUGGAAACUUGUCAGCACCCAGAAAGGGACAAACGGCAGUGUGAAGAGUGUGGUAGGAGCCUGGACCACCAGCUCCCUGCCCCAAGCGGCCUGAGGCCUGAGGCCUGGAACCAGGUGGAUCAUCUCAGUCCUUCUGGGACAACUUUUCCUGUAAGCAAAGCCAGGUGUGUUUUAGAUGAACUCUGGCUUGAAAUAAAAGUGCCUUUUGCUGCUUUAAAGAAUUGGA